AUGCCAGUGUGCGCAAAUUGCAAACGGCUUGAUGUAUCAUGCGAAUAUAUACAGCACAAGAAUAAACCAGGGAUGAGAAGCGGAAUUGUUGACCGGCUCACUCGUCGUAUUGAGGAGCUCGAACAAAAGUUGCAUGACGAAGAAAAUUCGAAAAAACGAUCCCUCGACGUUUCUCCUGCCUGCCAGUCAGUUCAAGGCAAAGCAGCACUAAAUACUGCCCAAACCCCAGAGAUGAGCGCAGAUUUGCGUGGUCUUUCUACGCAAAUUCAGAAUCUCAGUUCAAAUAUUGAAAAGAUAUUCUCGGAAACGGAGCUCGAGGAGACAAUCGAAUAUGCGAUGACCAAAGUUAUCCUUGCAUCCAACACUACCGUCUCCGUUGAGAGCCUGCAGUCACUCAUUGUCGUUGCCUUUACCCUUCUUGUAAACGGCGAACAUGCCAAAGCUUGGCCCAUUAUUGGCUCGCUCACGAGGAGUAUCGAAUACCUACAACUAAGCGUUGAGGAGCGAGAGCAAGAAGCCCAUACAGCCUUAUUAAGUCCGUAUCUUUUGCCCCUGUCGAAAGACUGGGUUGAAGAAGAAGAGCGGCGUCGAGUGUUUUGGAAUGUUUUCAUAUUGGACCGAAUAUGCUCCGCCACAGCCGGAUAUCGGGUUGCUCUGACAGGAGACAAUACUUGGCGUCGUCUACCAUUGUGUGGUACGCUAUGGAACACCGAAAAUUUCGCAGUUUCGCCAUACCUCGGCAUCUGGGAUAAGUCGACUGGAAAAAUUGACAGCUCAAUCGCCUUUCUGCCUCAGCACUAUCCAAGUCCCGAGCAGUCUACCACGGUGAGCACGGACUGCGCCGAGGGCAUAAAUUUGGAUACAGUUGGGGCUUUUGCAUAUUAUAUUGAGGCUCUAGAAUCACUCACCCGAGUUGAUCUGUAUUUUCUACGGCAAAAGGUUGAUUUUAGGAACCGCGAGGAACUGUCCAGCUGGCUUACCCGCUUCAAAGAGCUUGACAUGCGUCUGGUUCAUUGGAAAAUGUUUCUCCCAACAAAGUGGAAAGAUCCUGAGGUUCCGCCGGAGGAAACCGGCAGGUUGGAUCCCAACAUGACGCUCGCCCACAUCACGCACAACACUUCCACGAUUCUCCUCCAUCAACGUAUCGGCUACCCAGAGGAGCAAUUGGUGAAUGUUAAGCUGCCAACUUUCUUCAGUGCGGAAACCUGCCGACUGGCAGCAGGGGAAAUCGCGAAUAUUGCUAGGAAGUAUCUUGCUUCCUCGUCUCAGCUUAUGCCCCUUUCACCGCAGUUCUGCUUCUGUCUCUGCAUAAGCGGAAGGGCGCUUCUUGUGCAUUCCCAGUACUACGGCCCAAAAUUGGACUCCAACUUCUGGGUGCUGGUAGAAGCCUUGGACGAAGCUGCUCGACGCUGCCACAAUUCUAGCCAACGUGGCCCUUCCCUCGCAAAAUUAUUUGCAGAUCAGCUACGCCAAGUCCAUAACCAACUUAAAGAAAACCCAGACUCCAAGAUCCAUUUGUUCGACUCUUUUGGCGGUGCGCAUAAACAAAGUACAAGACAAAGUCAGGGCGCCGCGGCAUGUUUCCCUGCUCAGAGAUUAGGAGAUGCAUCAUUGUCCUUUGGCGACACAUCUAAGCGAAAACAAAAUUUCCUUCAAGGCAAUAGGGCGGAGCAUACACCGUUACUGAACUUGCCUUCUCCUGCAUGUCCCACGAGCAACUCUGUCGAGAACAAAGAUAGAGCGGAACCAACUGCUCGUCCAAAGUCAUCAUCAAACUUCACGAAGCCUCCUCCGCCGAUGGAAUGUGGUCCAUUGACCGAAGAUAGUCUCUCUGGUAUACUUGAAGAGUUGGGGGAUGCAGCGUUUAUGGAUAUGGAUCGAGUUAUAUCAUUCUUGGAUCUAGAAUAUUCCUAA